AACAUGAGUCAUCUGAAGUUGUUUGCAGCUACGCUGAAGUGGCAUGGCAUUAAACUUCUGGAAAAGCAGGAUAUAGCCAGAAGGGCAUUUUUACAUGGCCAACGGUAUGUUUCAUCAGGAACCUCAGAACCCGUCCUGAGUGGGAGUAAUUCAAAUUAUGUGGAGGAAAUGUACUAUGCGUGGCUUGAAAACCCUAAAAGUGUACAUAAGUCCUGGGAUUUGUUUUUCCGAAAUGCUAAUGUUGGCCAGGCAUAUGAUCCCCAUCUACCAGAGCAGCUGGAAAGAAAGGCAUCAUUUCUUCAGAGCCAUGGCCUGGCCCAGACACCGGGUAAAGCUGAAAAGCUUGUUGAAGAUCACCUUGCUGUGCAGUCUUUGAUAAGAGCAUACCAAAUCCGUGGUCAUCAUGUGGCUCAGCUAGAUCCCCUUGGAAUUCUGGAUGCAGACUUGGAUUCAUUUAUUCCUUCUGACCUAAUUACUACAAUCGACAAACUCGGGUUUUAUGGUUUGCAUGAGUCAGAUUUGGACAAAGUCUUUCAGCUGCCAACAACCACCUUCAUAGGAGGAAAUGAGAACAGUCUUUCUUUACGAGAGAUCAUCAAACGCCUGGAGAAUACCUACUGCCAACACAUUGGCUUGGAGUUCAUGUUCAUCAAUGAUGUGGAGCAGUGCCAGUGGAUCCGGCAGAAGUUUGAGACUCCAGGAGUUAUGAAGUUUACUAAUGAGGAAAAAAGGACUUUGUUGGCAAGGCUGGUGCGCUCGAUGAGAUUUGAAGACUUCCUUGCUCGCAAGUGGUCUUCUGAAAAGAGAUUUGGUUUGGAAGGAUGUGAAGUGAUGAUUCCUGCACUUAAGACCAUCAUUGAUAAAUCCAGUGAAAUGGGAAUUGAAUAUGUUAUAAUGGGGAUGCCUCAUAGGGGUAGGCUGAAUGUUUUGGCUAAUGUAAUCCGAAAAGAGCUGGAGCAGAUCUUCUGUCAGUUUGAUCCCAAACUUGAAGCAGCUGAUGAGGGAUCUGGAGAUGUAAAAUAUCAUCUGGGAAUGUACCAUGAGAGGAUCAACCGAGCAACAAACAAGAAAAUCACUCUGUCCCUGAUGGCUAACCCUUCUCACUUGGAAGCAGUUGAUCCUGUUGUGCAAGGGAAAACAAAAGCUGAGCAGUUUUAUCGAGGGGACACGGCAGGGAAAAAGGUUAUGUCCAUAUUAUUACAUGGGGAUGCUGCCUUUGCAGGACAAGGAGUGGUUUAUGAGACAUUUCACCUAAGUGACCUCCCUUCCUACACCACAAAUGGAACCAUUCAUGUUGUGGUUAACAACCAGAUUGGCUUCACCACAGACCCUCGCAUGGCUCGUUCAUCACCAUAUCCUACUGAUGUUGCUCGUGUGGUCAAUGCUCCCAUUUUUCAUGUGAAUGCUGAUGACCCUGAGGCAGUGAUGUAUGUGUGCAGUGUAGCUGCAGAGUGGCGAAACACGUUCAAUAAAGAUGUGGUGGUUGACUUGGAGGAAAUUGCAAAAUAUGAUAGAAUAUGUGAAGAAGCAUAUACUAGAUCUAAGGAUAAUAAGAUCCUUCACAUCAAGCACUGGCUUGAUUCACCUUGGCCUGGUUUCUUUAACAUGGAUGGAGAACCCAAGAGCAUGUCGUGUCCUUCGACUGGCAUUUCAGAGGACCUGCUGACUCACAUCGGCAAUGUCGCUAGUUCAGUGCCAGUCGAAGACUUCAAAAUACACUCAGGACUCUCUCGGAUUUUGAGAGCCCGCUUGGAAAUGACCAAGAACAGGGUUGUUGACUGGGCCUUGGCAGAAUACAUGGCUUUUGGCUCUGUUCUGAAAGAAGGGAUCCACGUCCGACUCAGUGGACAGGAUGUGGAGAGGGGCACUUUCAGCCAUCGUCAUCACGUCCUUCACGAUCAAGAAGUUGACAAGAGAACGUGUGUUCCCAUGAAUCACCUCUGGGAGCAGCAGGCUCCCUACACCGUGUGCAACAGCUCCCUGUCCGAAUACGGAGUCCUGG